AUGUCUCUCUGCGACGACACACUCCUGUGUAACUUCCCAAAGUGCCGGACCAGGCUAAGCGGCUUCGCCUGGGUCACAGCCUGCUCGCACGUUUUCUGCGAUCAGCACGGGUCCGGUGAGUUCAGCCGCUCCCCCGCCAUCUGCCCGGCCUGCUCCUCUACGCUGUCUGGGAAGCUGGACAUUGUGAGGAUGGAGCUGUCGCCCUCUGAGGAGUACAAAGCCAUGGUCCUGGCAGGUCUGCGACCAGAUGUAAUUUUGGACAUCAGUGCCCGCGCUCUGGCCUUCUGGAGCUAUCAGGUCCAUCAGGAGCGCAUGUAUCAAGAGUACAGUCUGUCACGGGCGGAGACACAGCUGAAGCAGAUGGAGAAGGUUUGGACCCAGCAGAACCAGAGCAGAGAAAUGGAGCUCACCAGCAUGAGGGGGGAAAUCGCCUCCCUGAAGAAAGUGAUGGAGGAGUACAAAAGGAGGUACAGCGAUGUGUCCGAGAGGCUGAUGGAGAGGAACAGGCAGUACCAGAAGCUACAGGGGCUGUACGACUCUCUGAGGCUGCGCAACAUGGUGGUGGGUGUCGGGGAAAGAGACACGCUGCUACAACCAGCACUUCAAGAACUCAACACUGGGGCGGCUCGGCAGGCGACUCCCCAGAGAAGCCCUCACUUUCUCUCCACGGGCCACGAAGGGGACAGCAGAUUCUUCUCCUGCCUGGAGGCUGACGGAGCCAAGACCUUCUUCCAGUUCAGCUCCCCUGCCAGGGACGGAGGACGGCCCUUCAUCAAGAAACACUGA